AUGCAGCGCCGAGCGACGGCCGUCAAGCAGAGCGCUGCCGGCGGCAGCAUCUGGGACAAGGAAGCGACCGACUACUGGAAGGACAUCAAGGUCCGCGACGCCGAUGCGAGCUCGACGUCGUCACAGCGAGGACGCGUGGCGCUGCUGGCGGGCGCAGCGAUGACCGCGCUCCUGGUGGUGAGCGGCGUCUACAUGGCGAGUCGUCCGGCCGCUGACGUCUCGCCCGAUGCGCGCGCCAACCUCGUCCGCGCCAACUGCACAUCGCUCGCUGUGCAGUCGCGCUGGCACGCCGACAUGUGCAAGCGCAUCUGCCCCGAGAACGAGUUCAACGACCCGUGCACGAACGGGUGUCUCUACGGCACGAUGACCGUGACCAAGGCGGUUUGCGCCGAGCGGCUGCUCAACGCGACCGACAGUAUGACGUGCAUGCCCCGCGUCGACUGCGCAGGCGCGUGUGUCGAGUACGCCAGCGUGCGCCCGAUCCCGGCCAAGCGCAACGCGUGCGAAGGCGGGUGCAACUCGGUCGUGCCCUCGAGCUGCAAGCGCGCGAUGGACCUCUUUGACGAGCUGGCCAAAGCGCCAUGA